AUGGAGAUUGAAGCCGCAACAGUUGCAGAACACAACAAGCCGGGAGAUUGCUGGAUUAUUGUCCACGGAAAAGUGUACGACGUAACAAGAUAUUCGCAAGACCACCCUGGCGGCGCCGACGUUCUGGUAGAGGCAGCAGGCACAGAUGCCACCCACGAGUUUGACAAUGCCGGGCAUUCGGAAGAUGCCUGGGAUAUCAUGAAGCCAUGCCUAGUUGGAAACCUCCAAGGUCAUCAGGACAAAAAGAGAUUGAAGCCGAGGCCGAGGCCGAUGAUUAGCCAACCACCGAGUCCGGCGCAAACACCAUCCACCAAAAGCCAGUUGGCCAAGUUGGCCAAUCUAGGCCUUUUUUCACUGUCAAUCGCUGCUGUCUACUACCUGAGUAGACAUCAUCGGCCUCCUCUUCCUAAAUCACUCGUUUUAUGGUUGCGCAGCAAGCCCGAAAACCGGCGUGGCGUUGGCUUCAUAAAAGGCCUCUUCAUGGGUGGCAGCAUCUUUGCCGCCGGCACUGCGAUUCUCGCGCAGAGAUUUGCGAAGCUUAUUUGGGGCAACAAGUCGUUUACAAGCUACCCGGCUCAUAUGAAAGCCCCAGAGCGCAUCCGGGAAAACGCGCUUUUGCAACACGGCCUGCUGGAUCCUUCCAAAUACUGCCCCCUCCCUCUACAGUCCAAGACUUUGGUGGCUCCCAAUGUCUACAAGUUCACUUUCGCUCUUCCCACUGCCGAUGCCGUUGCCGGCCUGCCGAUUGGCCAGCACGUCGCAAUCAAGGCUGAUGUCGGAGGCGAGAGCGUUUCACGAUCCUACACGCCCGUGUCCAACAACUCGGAUCGCGGCGUGCUCGAGCUUGCCAUCAAAGUCUACCACGACGGCAAGUUGACAAGCGGCUUCCUGAGCAAGCUCAAAGCCGGCGAUAGGGUCCUCUUCAGAGGUCCCAACGGCGCCAUGCGGUAUCAGCGCGGUCUCUGUGAGAAGAUUGGCAUGGUGGCUGGGGGGACUGGCAUUACGCCCAUGUUCCAAAUCAUCCGUGCCGUCUGCGAAGACGACCGGGAUCUAACCCAGAUCAGUCUAAUAUACGCGAACCGAACGGAACAGGAUAUCCUCCUCCGCGAACAACUGGACAGUUUCGCACGACGAUACCCGGGGAACUUCAGGGUCUACUAUAUUCUGGAUCAAGCCCCUGCUGAUUGGGGCUAUGGAAAAGGUCGUGUCACAAAGGACUUGAUGCAGGAGAAGUUGCCGGCGCCUAGCAUCGAUACCAGGAUAAUGCUAUGCGGCCCCCCGGGCAUGGUCAAUGCCAGCAAAUCAUCGCUGGUAAAGUUGGGCUUUGAGCAGCCGGGGGCAAGGUCGAAAAUGACGGACCAAGUCUUUGUAUUUUGA